AUGACUGAACAAAGAGAAGAAAUUGAUCUGGUGGAUAUUCCAGAUUCUCAUAUUAAUUAUGACGAUGCAAUCGAAUACUGGACCAAUAUUCCUGCUACAGUCAAUGGUGUGCUUGGUGGUUACGGUGAACAAACAGUGGUUCCUACCAUGGAUGUCCUUGGUUCAUCAUUCUUUCUACGUAAAUUAAAAUCCAGAAUGAUAUGUCCCAGUGGAAUGAUAAAAUAUGGGGUUGACAUCGGUGCUGGAAUAGGUAGAAUAACCAGAGAUAUGUUACAUAAAUACUGUGAUAAGAUCGAUUUGGUGGAACCUGUAGAACCCUUUGUCAAGCAGAUGCAAGAUGUAGAAUUGGCUGAUUUGAUUGCUGAAGGGAAGAUUGGCACCAUUUAUAAACUUGGAAUGCAAGAUUGGACUCCUGAAAAAGGCAAAUACUGGGUCAUUUGGUGUCAGUGGUGUGUUGGUCAUUUGCCAGAUAAGGAAUUUGUUCAAUUUUUGAAAAGAUGUAAAGAUGGGUUACAGUCUAACGGCACAAUCAUUGUCAAAGAAAAUAAUACUCCAUUUGACAAAGACGAUUUUGAUGAAACCGAUUCUAGCGUUACUAGAUCAGAUAAGAAAUUCAGACAAUUGUUUGAAGAGAGUGGGUUGAAACUUAUCGCAACGGAAAAACAAAAGGGUUUACCAAAGGAACUAUACACUGUAAGAAUGUACGCUUUAAAACCACAAUAA